AUGGGCUCUCUUCCUCUCUCCGAGCUGCCUCAGAAGAAGCACUACGCCAGUUUGCGAGACUUCUUGGCCGCCCUGGCCAGUCUGGGCGACGUCGCUGAGAUCACGCGAGAGGUCGACACUCACCUCGAGAUUGGUGCCAUUAUCCGACGUAGCCAUGAAAACUUCGCUCCCGUCCCAGUCUUCAGCAACAUACGAGAUCACCCUGGAUACCGCGUGGUGGGAGCGCCCCUGUCCUACAGCUCCCUUCCCAAGGCCCGAAUGGCACGCAUCGCCAUGACGCUGGGACUGGACCCCGCCACGCCGGGCACGGAAAUCGUGCAGAUUCUGGCGAAGACGACGAAGCUGCCGCCCAUUCCUCCGGUCAUCGUCGAAGACGGUCCCGUCCAUGAAAAUGUACUGCUGGGUGACGAGGUGGAUCUGCUCAAGUUCCCCACGCCGUUGAUACACUUUGGAGAUGGUGGCCGUUUCUUCAACACCCUUGGGUUCUGGGUGGUGCGCAGCCCCGAUGGGAAAUGGACGAACUGGUCGAUCGCCCGUGCCAUGAUCCUUGACGAGAAACACCUGACAGGAGUCAUCGCCCCGUACCAGCACAACGGGAAGAUCUUUGGGAUGUGGCGCAAGAUCGGGAAACCCAUGCCUUUCGCGCUGGUGCAAGGGGCGGAACCCGCGUCCCUCUUCGCCGGCGGAAUGCCCCUUUCGGACGGCGUGGAUGAGGCUGGAUAUCUGGGCUGCCUUUUCAACGAGCCGCUCCAGCUGGUCCGGUGCAAGACCGUCGCACUUGAAGUGCCGGCGCAGGCGGAGAUUGUGGUCGAGGGCCAUGUUUCGCUGACACGUCGUGCCCCGGAGGGGCCGAUGGGCGAAUUCCAUGGAUACAUCUCAGACCGCAUCCGAGAGAAGCCUGUGUAUGAGGUCAGCGCCAUCACUCACCGCAACAACCCGCUGUUACCGGUCACGUCUGCGGGGAAGCCGGUGGAUGAGGACCACACCAUCACUGGGGUGUCGGCCUCAGCCAUGGUGUUGGAGGCGCUGCGAGACCACGGAUUGCCAGUCACGUCGACCUGGGCACCGCCCGAAGCCGCGCAACAGCUUCUCACCGUGUCUGUUCCUCGAGACUGGUACCAGAAAGUCGACCUGUCCGCGGAGGACUUUGUGCGCAAGAUCGCCGUGACGGCCAAGUCGAUUCACGGCACGCAGCGGUACACACGCGUCCUGGUGUGCGACGAUGACAUCGAACUGUCCAACCACCGGGACCUGAUCUGGGCGUGGAACACGCGGUGUCAUCCGGCCACCGGCCGCAUCAGGUUGGACGACCAGCCAAUCAAUCCCGCCAUCCCAUUCUAUCCCGAGAUCGAAGACCAGCUGAAAAGGUUCCUCGCUGACCCGGAACAUGCGUCGUGGAAAUUCUCCGGCACGAUCGAGGCGCUCAAUUGUCUCCGUCCGGCAGGCUGGGAUCCCACGAGCCUGUCGGACUUUGCCAACAACUUUCCUGAAGACGUGAAGAGGAAGGUUAUUGAUAACUGGGUGGAAUAA